AUGUUAUGCUACAUGUUGGGUUUAAUCUUCUUUAUUCCUAUGGAAGGUGUGUUUGGUGCUACAGAUGAAGUCAAGUUAGUAUCAGUGACUGAGGGAGAUUCUGUCACUUUAAACACUGGUGUUACUGAAGUACAGAGAACUGAUCAGAUACUGUGGAUGUUUGGACCUCGAGAGACUCGUAUUGCUGAAAUGUACAGACAGAGCAUUGACAUGUUUGACAGUAAUGUAACAUUUGGAGACAGACUCAAGAUAGACAGUCAAACUGGAUCUCUGACCAUCACAGACAUCAGAAAUGAACAUUCUGGCCCUUAUAAGCUAAACAUAAUCAGCAGUAGAAGAGCAAAUUCAUACAAGAAAUUCAAUGUUGCUGUUUAUGUUCUUCCUGUUCCUGUCAUUAUCAGCACAUAUUCAAACUCUUCAUCCAACUCUUCCUCCAACUCAUCAUUAUCAGACUCCAGAUGUUCGCUGUUGUGUUCAGUGGUGAAUGUGAGUGCUGUGAGUCUCUCCUGGUACAAAGGAAACAGUGUAUUGUCCAGCAUCAGUGUGUCUGAUCUCAGCAUCAGCCUGUCUCUACCUCUGGAGGUGGAAUAUCAGGAUAAAAACACCUACAGCUGUGUGGUCAAUGACACCAUCAAAACCCACACUACACAUCUGGACAUCAGUCAACUCUGUCGAACAGAUAAAGGUAUUCAAUCCCUUGCAUCAUCUUUAUCACAACUAUACUGUUUAGUAAUAUAUUGGGAGGUAAUUUAGAUGAAUAGUCUUUAGUUUCUUUAUCAGGAGAUUUAACUGGUGUGUUUUUCUUCUUUCCCCAGAAUUAUACAGUCCAUUUGAUGAUGUGAUUCCUUCAUUGAUUUACGCUGUGUUGGGCAUGAAGGUUGUCGCUCUAAUUACAGUAUUUAUUAUGUCAAAUUUGAUUUCAGAAUGACAAAAUUAUAAUACUGUCAACUAGAGUAUCGUGCUGGAGAAUUUGACAUUAAUUUGACCAAUACUGGACCAAUACUUUAUGUCUUUCAAUGUUGGAUCUUAACGUCAAGCUAAUGUCUGGUGUCUAGUUCACCUCAAAAGGUUUUUUUUUUGACACAAUUUACUCACCAGUGGCAUUUUUCAAACCUGUUUCAGUUUCUUUCUCUUGUUGAACAACAACAACAACAACAAAAAAAAGAAAGAAAAUGAUUUGGAGACUGUCGGAUACAUUGACUUCCAUUGGCUGCAUCCGAAAGCUUAGACAGCUGACUGGUUGUUAUUUUCUGAAUUUGCCCCAACAUGUAGUAACUCUGGAGGCAGUGUUUGUGCACAAAGGCAUCUCAGACUGUCUUCUUGGACAAUACAAGGGUUUAUUCAUCUACAACAAACGACCGAAAGCUUUGGUGAUAAUUAAGUGAAUAUUUACUUACUACAAUUACUUCUCGCCAGAAAGUGGAAAUCAAAAUUACAAUACGUUGUUCAUAAAACGUACAUUUACAGUGCACACAAA